CGAUUAUCUAUUGAAAGCGUGGUUUGGCAUGAAACGUAAUACUACUACUAGCUUUUAAAAUGAAUUGAAAUGAAGUCGUCGUCUUCUUCCUCUCCUUCUUCUUCUUCUUCUUCUUCGUCGUCGUCGUCGUCGUCGUCGUUAACCAAACUGUUGUUGAAGCCAUUGGUUCUUCUCACAUUCACCGUUAUCUUCGCCGUAGCUGUUGUUCGCCUAAUUUCUUCCGACCCGAACCCGUAUAGAAUAGGAAAAAACCCUGCCCGGAUCAUGUCUCGAACCUUCAUUCUGUGGCUUCAUGGAUUGGGCGAUUCGGGCCCUGCAAAUGAACCCAUCAAAACCCUCUUCACUUCCCCUCAGUUCCAGAACGCCGUUUGGUCUUUCCCUUCUGCCCCUUUCAAUCCGGUCACUUGUAAUUAUGGUCAUGUGAUGCCUUCAUGGUUUGACAUUCAUGAGAUUCCAGUGGCAGCUGAUUCUCCUAAAGAUGAAAGUGGUGUCCUUAAAGCUGUGCAGAAUGUUCAUGCCAUGAUAGACAAGGAGAUUGCUAAUGGAACAGAUCCAAACAAUGUGUUUGUAUGUGGAUUUAGUCAAGGAGGUGCCUUGACGCUGGCAAGUGUUUUGCUUUAUCCAAGAACUCUUGGAGGAGGUGCUGUCUUCAGUGGAUGGGUUCCGUUUAAUUCUUCUUCUAUAACUGAACAAAUCAAACCCGAAGCCAAAAAGACACCACUGUUAUGGUCACAUGGUAUGGAUGACAGAACAGUACUUUUUGAAGCUGGGCAAGCUGGUCCACCGUUCCUUGAGAAAGUGGGAGUAAGCUGUGAAUUCAAGGCUUAUCCUGGUCUAGGUCACUCAAUAACAAGUGAGGAGCUACUUCACCUUGAAUCAUGGAUCAAAACUCGGCUGCAGAGCUCUUCCUGAAACCCCUCAGGUUUGAUGAUCCACUUUACCAUCUAAACACCAUCGGAAGGGAUUUUAGAUCAUAUCGGAUUGUGGUGUAUACAAAAUGACUGUUAAGAUUAUCACAGCAUAAAUAGAAUGAAUCAAACUCUUAGAAUUUGAAGCACAAUCAACUAUGUGCAAACAGUAGUGCUUAUCCAUGUGAACUCAUGCAUAUAUGUUUGUAUGAUAAAUUGAAAUGUUGAUCCUAGUUCAUCCUUAAUCGUUUUGUGCUGCGUCAUUGCCAGGCAAAGUAGAUGAGCUGGAC